AACACCCUUUAGCUAACCUCAUCUUGUGGAAGUACAUGAAGGAACGCCCCCGGGUCAGAUGCACAUCUCACUUGGUAUGAUGAGGUUGUUUAGUUUCUAGGUAAAGCAAUACUAUUAACCUAACAACAUGCCACCUAACAUCCUGAUCAAGACUACGGCGUUUGUAUUUCUGUUUUGUCUGCAAUUACAAUGGGCGGUGGGUCAGCGGUGUCCAGUUUACUGGGCAAGCUAUGGUCAGAGCUGCUACCGCUACAUGUACCAGGACGCUAAAUCUUGGUACGAGGCUAGAAACUGGUGCAGGCUUCAGGGAGGUGACCUGGUAAAAAUCGAGACAACGCAAGAACGGACAUGGAUAUUACGACAACUUGGAAACUUACAAAGCCACCAACACGCCCACCCUUUAUGGUGGAUUGGCUUGAAUGACCUUGACGCAGCCUCUACUUGGCAAUGGUCAGAUCACUCUGUUAUUGACCAAAGGGUGUUCUUGUGGAUGCCAGGGAACCCAAACAACCAGGGAGCACGCGAACAUUGUGUUAGAUUCGACAACCUCAAGAUGAAUGACAGACCCUGUAACGAGCGAAUCAACUAUAUUUGUGAACGAUCGAAGGGUAUACCACUUACCUGUGAUGCUGACCGAGGUUGGCAGUCGUACCCACCUUACUGUUACCAUGUUCAUGGGGACCAGCAAACAUGGGCAAACGCAAGGAAACAAUGUAACCGGGAAGGAGGAGAUCUCGUCGCUAUACAGUCAACCGCGGACGAAACAACGAUGCAGGGUAUUGCAAGGUCAACAAGGCGGCCAUAUUGGUUUGGUUUACAUUCAUUUCAACAAACCGCAUCGGGUGCGGUACAAUGGAUGUGGGCGAAUGGAAGCCUGCUCACCACUACGCCGUACUGGGCCAACGGAGCAGCCUCUCCUCCAGGCAACCGCAAAAACACAACGUGUUCCUAUAUCAGUAACUCCAUCACCAAUAGUAAGCCGUGGAUGUCCACUUCCUGUAAUUCCCGGAAAUACUACGCAUGUCGGAAACCGGAAGGAGUUUGUCAGCAGGGUUGGGUUGCUCAUCAGACCAAAUGUUAUCAGAUCAACAUUCAAUUCAAGUACUCGUGGUCACAAGCAAAAAGUUACUGCGACAGACAGAGGUCCAGACUGGUAGAAAUUUACAGGACCACAGACACACAGUUCCUGAAUUCUUACCUCAGUAGACUUCGCCAAGCUGGCGUUGACAGCUUCUGGAUUGGGGCCUCAGAUUUAAAUACAACAACCUAUAAAUGGAGUCACAGCGGUCGCAUCAGCUACCAAAACUGGCAGCACAACCCACCGACGAACACACGGAACCGCCUGGAUUGUUCGUAUGUCGUGACAUCUGACCGACGAGGCAAGUGGCGAACCACCAGUAACUGUGGUGUGAUGAAGAAGGCGUUUAUGUGUAGCAUCGGGAUGAACCAGGCAGUGCACCAUGUGAAUACUCCCAGACCCCAGUAUACUUGCGACCGUAAUUGGUUGGUUUACGGGACGAAUUGUUAUCAGUUUAAUGACCAUCGACGGGACUGGAUUGGAUCAGGCCAAGACUGUCAGAGACAGGGCGCUCAACUUGCGAAGAUUUCCGAUGUCCAUGUACAGGGGUUUAUUGUUGCACACACUCAUAAUCAGGAGUACUGGAUUGGUUUAAAUGAUAGAAACACGGAGAGACACUUUAUGUGGGUGUCAGAUAAUAGUCCGGCACGGUUCGUUAAAUGGAAUCCCCAUGAGCCUAAUAACCAAGGUGACGAGAAUUGUGUGGAGACUAAAGAGAACGGCUGGAAUGACAAGGCGUGCAACACCGGACUCAAAUAUAUCUGUCAGAAACCUGCAAGGAAUUCGGGACUGCCAUCCGGAGCCCCAUCUACAACUGCACUGCCUUACAGUAUAAAGUGCGGCCUGUUGUGGGAAGAGGAUCCUAACUCGAACUACUGUUACCAGUUCCAGGACCAACAGCUAGACUGGAAUGACGCCCGGACGACAUGUAGACAUCAGGGAGGAGACCUUCUCAGUAUUGCGUCCAGGGAGGAACAGUUUUAUAUUACAGGCCGUAUCCGAACAAUGGUGUCUAUAGCGAUGUGGAUCGGAGCGAAUGACCGAGGGUCGGAAGGUGGUUGGUCCUGGACUGACCGUUCACCGUUUGCCUAUCUUAAUUGGCAAUCAGGUGAGCCGAAUGAUUACCAUCAUAAUGAAGACUGUGGAGCCAUCUUCACACAGAAAGGCACAUGGAAUGACUCUCCGUGCACACAGAGAAAUGGCUAUAUAUGUAAAAAGCUAGGAAGAGUACAUACGACCGUCCCGCCCUCGACGACAGUACACGUACCAGCUGGAAUGGUACUUGGCUGUCCAAACUACUGGAAACCCCAUGGGACAUCAUGCUAUCAACUUAUAAACAGGAAACUAAACUGGAACCAAGGUCGAUCACUGUGUCGGCAACAUGGGGGAUACCUUGCUUCAGUAGCCAGUCAAGCUGACCAGAACUUCCUUGUCAGCCAACUACCAGCUAAUCGUACUGGAGGCUACUGGAUCGGACUGAACGACCAGUUGAUUCAGAACAAUUUCCAGUGGUCUGACGGUAGUAAGGUGACCUUCACCGCGUGGGCACCUAGGGAGCCAAACAACUUCGCCGGUCAUAGGGAGGACUGUGUCCUUUUAUACUUAAAUGGCGGUAAAUGGAAUGAUGGUACGUGCAAUGAUCCGCAGAAUGGUGUCAUCUGUAAGCGACCAAAACAGGCUGUGUCAAGCACCCAGAGUCCCCAAACUGUCGGAUGUACAUUACCUGCAGUUGGAUAUCAAGCAUCAUGCUACUUCUAUGUGGCAGGCGCUCUGAAGACAUGGUCGAAUGCAAUAAAAGAUUGUGCUGCUCGUUUCAACGGUACACUUGCCAUUGUCAAUGACAGAUACACCCAGGCCUUUGUCGCUAAUUACCUGAAUUACAAGGGAGACAUGUUCUGGAUUGGGAUGUCCGAUGCCGUUACGCCGGGAACGUAUCUGUGGAAGGAUGGAACCAAAGUUGAUUUCACUUUCUGGGGAAGUGCACACACAGGUAGGGAGAGGAAUACCUGUGUCGCCCUGACAACGUCAUUACCGAUCGGUCUAUGGGAGAAUAAGAACUGUACCGAGACCCACCAUUACGUCUGUGAAUACCCCAGAAAGGGCUUCACCACGCCUCCCCCUACCACCACACUACGCCCAGUCCAAUGUCCAGUUGGCUGGUCAGGGCAAUUUACGAACAGCUUAAUGUGUUAUAAGGUGUUUUACAACGACAACGUCCUUGGUAAGAUGACAUGGACUGAGUCACGUGAUUACUGCCGCGGUUUAGGGGGCGAUCUCGCCAGCAUACACAGGGAGGCACAAAAUGUUUACAUCGGUACUCUACUGAGACUGAAGACUGGUUCCUUUUGGAUUGGGUUAAAUGAUCGAGACACAGAAGCAGGUUAUGUGUGGACAGACGGGAGAGGGACAGACUAUUCGAACUGGAACCCUAACGAGCCGAACGACUAUAAUGGUAACGAGGAUUGUACACAGAUCUUCGCAGGAUCGUUAGGCUGGAACGAUAACAACUGUUUCAUCACAUCUAACUGGAUCUGUGAGAUAAGAAGGGGACAAACACCUGUGACGACUUUGCCGCCUCCGACUGGUAUUACGUCAAGCCUGUGCGGAACUGACCCCGGGUGGUCACUCUUCAAUGGAUCGUGUUACUUACCGAGCCCUUCGUCCGGAGACUCAGCUAUUGUUGACUGGUACGAUGCCGGACAGUAUUGUAUCAGUCAAGGUGCAAAACUGACCAGUAUCCACUCACUAGAUGAGAACAACUACAUCCUUUCAUUGAUAACUAAGGCGUCUCUAGCGAAUGCAUGGGUUGGAUACAACGAACUUGGAUCAACAACGUAUACGUGGACGGACGGUUCCUUGGUAGACUUUGACUUCUGGAGACACGGGGAACCUAACAACGCUUUUGGAGCAGAGAUGUGUGUUUCGCUAUCAGCGUCCGGAGGAACAUGGAAUGACGACAACUGUGGACAAGAAAAGGGUUUUAUUUGUAAGAGGAAACUUGGUAUGACAGGUCCCCCGACGGUGCCAACUGUACCAGUUGUUAAUGGCGGAUGUAGAAACGGUUUCACCCCUAUGCCAAACAGUAACAAAUGCUUUAAACUGGACGGUAAAACAUCUCAGGUAAAUUGGCAGACGGCUUAUCAAGGGUGUAUGAAGUAUGGCCAGGGAUAUGAUAUCGCGUCGAUCAAUACAGCUCAAGAACAGGCUUUUGUAAAUACAUUGCUAAAAGGACUUACAACAAACGUUUGGAUUGGUUUGAAUAAUAAUCGACACAGUCACAAAUUUAUCUGGCAUGAUAACUCACAUGUUUCAUACACCAACUGGGCCGUCAACGAACCAAAUGGACACAGCGAGUCGCAUAAUGGCGGGACCACGACAGGCAAACCACAAACUACUGAAGAUUGUGUUGAGAUAUAUACCUCGAUAGUCAAGGUUGGCAAAUGGAAUGACAAGAGAUGCAGCAAUACUAGACCGUACCUUUGUCAGGGAUCACGAGUGCUCCACGUACCCAUACCGAGCACUCAGGGCACGUGCUUAAAUGGGUACACCUCGUACGGAACCAGCUGCUACAAGGUGGUGACAUCACCUGCAUCCUGGUCCAGCGCUAAUAUGGCCUGUGGUAAUGAUGGUGGCUCUCUCGUCAACGUCAAUGAUAUAUACGAGGAUUCCUAUGUGUACUCCAUUGUCGGCAACGCCCCCUACUGGAUCGGGCUCUCGGACACCUCACAGGCAUCAGACACUUAUAAAUGGGCGCUUAACUGGCCCGUUUACUACACGAACUGGGGGUCUGGCGAACCUACACGUGGAUCCGGAGAGGGAUGUGUCUCUGUCAUGGGGGGAAUGUGGAAUGAUACCUCGUGUACCGCCUCAAUGUCGUACGUCUGUGAAAUAAAUUCAGCAACACCUCCCCCGGUGACGCUACCUCCCGCCGGUCACUGUUCUGAUUCGACGUAUAAUCGGCAUGGCGACUUUUGUUAUUACAUCGAAGCCUUUCAUACUACAUCAUGGCCGGGGUCGCGGUAUAACUGUCAGAGACGCGGUAUGCAAUUGGCCAGUAUUCACUCUGCCGAAGAACAACAGCACCUUAUCAGCCUAGCCAAUAGCAUGAAACCCCUUCCGAACGACACAGCGGCUGUAUCAGCAGGCUUGCAAAACAUGUGGAUUGGCAUGAAUAAGGGUUUGUCAGAUGGAUUCACGUGGACAGAUGGAACAGCCGUAAGUUUCGUGGCCUGGGCAGAUGGGGAACCAUCUGACGCUAAGGGAAGUCACAACGAAGAGUGUGUAGAAAUGUACCAGUCAGGCGGUAAAUGGAAUGACAACAACUGCUUCAAUAACAAGGGAUAUAUUUGUAAAACACCCGCAAUUGUUCCAACAAUUGCGGCUACCGCCGCUCCAGUUCCGCCAGUCUCCAACAACCCUCCUGUCAACACACCAUUCAAUCCGCAAAACACUCCGAAGCCUGUCCAACCCUAUAGCCCAAUAACUCAAAGGCCAGUACAACCCUACAGCCCGACGAAUCCAGGCCGUACCCAGUACCCGACUAUGCCGCCAUUCCUCACAUACAAACCUCACAGCGGUCACUCACAGCAACAACGAGCGACGAAAACAGGGAACCAAUCAAACGGCAUAUCAGGGGGUGCAGUAGCAGGAAUCAUCAUCGGUGUUCUGGUUGUCUUGGGAAUAGCAGCUGGUUCCGCCAUCUUUAUUAAAAGUCGUAACGGUGGCUACCAGGGCAGGAGUGAUCAAGCUAUUGGUUUUGACAACGCUUUAUAUUCGAAAUCCCAGCAGUCUGUGAACAUAGAUCCUACAAGAACCAACGGACUUUCUGUGUCUUCUGGUCUUCCAGGGGAGGAGGAGGACGCAUGAACACUCGACAGCCAUGUGACAGAACGUCACAAUGAACGUCACACAAUCUUCUGAACUUAUUUAUACACUUCAAGUACUCUCUUUUAUUGAACAGCGACUUCCUUUGCUGGCAGGUCUUGUACUGAGUGGUAAUAACCAGGACAUAUUAUGGUGAUGACCCUUUGCCCGAUACUCGUGUUAAAGUCGCAAGAUGUCCUAGUGAGGGGAGGUUUUAGAGAGGUUUAUUGUGUGAACCUUUCGCCUUUAUUGAAGCAUUUGAUGUUUAUAGUAAACCAUGACAUGAAUACAGUAUUAACGAUAUGUGCCUUGGUUAUAGGUGAUAUCAUUGUAACGUUAACCUGUGAACCGAACAUAUCUCAGUGGUCCUUGUAACCAGUGUGAUCUGGAAGUCUUGCUUAGAUAUUUCCAGUUAUACAAGAGCCCAUCUGACGAAUCAUUAAGGCUGUCCACUUCGGCGCUGAGCAACUUCCGAUUUCCGUGUCUACCUUAUACCGUAUAUGCAAAUUGUUUGUGUUAUUUAUAGGGAAAUGGAGUCGUCCACAAUGGCUUUUUUAUUGUGGCAUUUCCUAUAGUAUUUAUGUCAAUAAAACCUGUUUAA